AUUAAUUAGAACGUUACUGAGAAUCAAAUUUACACGGAAAUAUAUAAACACAAUAAAGUAAAAAGAAAAGUUAAAGUGGGAAAAUAUGUUGUGGGGUUUGCAAUUGGCAACCGACCCUAAAUGCUUUUUCCAGCUUCUUUUACAUAAUUUUAAUCUCUUUUUGUCUUUCUUACAAUUCCAUCAAUGAUCGAUCGAAUUCAAACCCUUAUGUUACACUUCUUUCUUAUAUAACUGUCUCUUUAUAUUCCCACUCCUUCUUCUUCUUCCUCUCCUUUUUUUCUCUCUCAAGUUUUAUUUAUGUUCAUAUUUGUCUCUUCCACAAUUUGGUUCUAGCAAAAAAGUGUGUUUAUAAGUUCCUGAAUUCCUUAUAGGAAGUGGAUAUGGCUCCUGUUUCAAUGCCUCCUGGUUUCCGGUUUCAUCCAACAGACGAAGAGCUUGUCAUAUACUACCUCAAGCGAAAGAUUAAUGGUCGGACGAUCGAGUUAGAGAUAAUUCCGGAGAUUGAUCUUUACAAAUGUGAACCUUGGGAUUUACCCGGGAAGUCCUUGCUGCCAAGUAAAGACCUAGAAUGGUUUUUUUUCAGUCCUCGAGACCGGAAAUAUCCAAACGGAUCAAGAACAAACCGGGCGACAAAAGCCGGUUACUGGAAAGCCACCGGGAAAGAUCGUAAAGUGACUUCACAUUCGCGGAUGGUUGGAACAAAGAAAACAUUAGUUUAUUACCGAGGAAGAGCGCCUCAUGGCUCUCGUACCGAUUGGGUCAUGCACGAGUACCGUCUUGAAGAACAAGAAUGUGAUUCUAAAUCCGGCAUACAGGAUGCCUAUGCACUUUGUCGAGUAUUUAAGAAGAGUGCUUUAGCCAACAAGAUAGAAGAACAACACCAUGGUACGAAGAAGAAUAAAGCAACGACCAAUAGCGAACAAUCUACUUCUAGUACUUGUUUGUAUUCUGAUGGAAUGUAUGAAAACCUCGAAAACUCGGGGUAUCCGGUCUCCCCCGGUACAGGAGGCUUAACUCAACUUGGUAAUAAUUCGUCGUCAGAUAUGGAAACGAUAGAGAACAAAUGGAGUCAGUUUAUGUCGCAUGACACGUCCUUCAACUUCCCACCUCAGUCUCAAUAUGGAACAAUCUCAUAUCCUCCCUCGAAGGUUGAUAUAGCGUUAGAGUGUGCAAGACUACAAAAUCGUAUGUUGCCACCGGUUCCACCACUUUACGUAGAAGGUCUCACACACAGUGAAUAUUUGGGAAACAACGUUGCUAACGAUACAGAUGAAAUGUUGAGCAAGAUUAUAGCAUUGGCUCAAGCCUCCCAUGAGCCACGAAACAGUCUAGACUCGUGGGACGGUGGUUCUGCUUCCGGGAACUUCCAUGGAGACUUUAACUAUUCCGGAGAAAAAGUCUCAUGCAUAGAGGCAAACGCGAAGGCUGUAGAUAUGCAAGAACAUUAUGGGAGUUUUAAGGAAGAAAGACUUGUUGAAAACUUGAGAUGGGUAGGAGUAUCAAGCAAGGAACUAGAAAAGAGCUUCGUUGAAGAACACUCAACGGUAGUUCCUAUAGAAGAUAUUUGGAGCUAUCAUAGAGAUAAUCAAGAACAAGAACAUCAAGAUCAAGAUGGUAUGGACGUUAACAACAAUAAUGGAGAUGUGGAUGAUGCUUUCACACUUGAGUUCUCGGAAAACGAUCAUAACGAGAAUAUUUUGGACAAGAACGAUCAUGACACAACGAGUUCCUCAUGUUUUGAGGUGAUAAAAAAGGUUGAGGUUAGCCAUGGAUUGUUUGUCACAACUCGUCAGGUAACCAAUACAUUCUUCCAAAAGAUCGUACCUUCGCAAACCGUUAUAGUUUAUAUAAAUCCAACGGGCGCCAAUGAAUGUUGUCAUAAUAUGACAUCAAAAGAAGAGGUUCCUGUCCGUAAAAAGAUCAAUCCGCAACUCAAUGGAGUAGGCUCAACAUUUCUUGUACCAUGGAGAAAAUUUGUGUACGUUAUUGGCUUCAAUCCUAUGCUUCUAUUGAUGCGUUGUGUUCAUCAAGGAGGUAACUCUAACAAAAACAGAAGCAGUGAAUGUUACUCAAGGCAGCCUAAGAAAGGAAAUUGUAACAAUCUGGGCACAAUACUCAUGAUGGAAAAUGCUGUAGUGAGAAGAAAAUUUUCGAAGAAGAAGAAAGAGAAAAACAUGGUUGAUGAACAAGGUUUUCGGUUUCAAGAUAGUUUCGUGUUGAAGAAGUUGGGGCUUUCUCUUGCUAUCAUCUUAGCUGUUUCUACCAUAAGUCUUAUUUGAAUAUUGAAGUUCAAUAUAUCAUAUAUGGCUUUUCACUUUUUCUAUUGUACUCCCAUUUGCCUAGGUCGUAUCAUUUGCUUUUUCCAUUUCUCUAAAGUCUAAACCAAACUAAAUUAUUCGUAUUAUAUGUGGUUAUUUUCUGUUUAUGUAUUAAGUGAUAUGACCUCUCCGCGGGUUGAACGAUCAAUCUUUUGUUUUGUUUGUUUUUUAUGUAAGCAUGCACGUAAGACGGUAAGAGUAUAAUUGAGCAGAUUCAU